AUAUUUUACGCAUAAAUAUAAGUAUUAAAUAUUUUCAGCAUUAAAUGCUGAAGGGGUCGGUGUAAUUUUUGUUACUGUUAAAGAAGUCUCUGGCUGUUAGAUUUAUAACUAAAAAAAACUGGCUGUUUUGCUGGAUGCUAAUUUCUGAAUCGCCUUUUCGUUAUGAUUGUAUUGGCCCUUGUCAUGUGCCGUACAUUGGCUGCCUAGAAACCGGACUAACAAGCCGACAGGUGCGGAGCUGAAGUCCGAGCAGUUAGACUUAUGUUUUGAUCUGCAAAAACAACAAAAGUACGUCUCAUGAUGAACAAGGAUCUGAGUGAAGAAUCAUUACAGGACCUCUACGCUUGGAUUGACAAAAUAAAACUCUCCAGACCUAAAAGGAAUAUCUCACGCGACUUCAGUGAUGGAGUUAUGGCUGCUGAACUUGUAAAGCACUUCUUCCCCAAGAUGGUGGACCUACACAACUACACACCUGCACACUCCACUCACCAGAAGUUGACUAACUGGAACAUGCUAAACAGGAAGGUUUUCUACAGGCUGAACUUCCAUGUACCAGAGGACAUUUUAAAGAAGAUCACACUCAACAACCCGGGCAGCAUCGAGCCGGUUCUGUGUGCUCUCAGACAGAAAAUAGAGGAAAGACAAGCAAGGACAGUUUCAUACUGCACAAAGGAUUUAGAAUGCUUUGCCACUGAGAAUGAAAAUGCAAACACAGAAAAUGGCCCAGUCACUAUUGGGAACUCAAACAAGACAGCGGGUCCUGUGAAAAAGACCCAGAAAUCUGACACUUUUUACAGCCCUCCUAUAGUGCUAGGUGAAAAUGUAGACCCAGCCUUCCGUUUGCUGUUGGAGGAGAAGGAACUGGCUCUGCAGGCUUUACAGGAGACUGUAGAGAUUUUACAGACAAAAGUGAGCCGUCUAGAGCAUCUGGUUCACCUGAAGGACCUACGCAUUGAGGACCUGACUAAACACUUGGAGAAGAAAUGUACACCAGUGUUUCAAUAUGAAAGAUCUGCUGCAGUAAAAGAAGAGUCAAGUUGUGUGUGCACACACAUACAUAUACACAUAUACUGUACAUACAGUGUGUACAUCUUAAGCCUCAAUUCAUCGGCCUCACAGUGGGAUGUCUCAGAAUGACUCAGACUGGAAGAACAAGCAGCCUGGGAAUGUGGGAAUGGAGACAUGGUUGCUCAGGAGCAGUAAGGCUUAGUGACUCACAGCCUCAAGCAAUGUUUUAGUUCCUCUGCUGUUCUAAAGACUGAGCAAUGCUUGCAAAGCAGGACAAGAGUGUGAAAACUUUACAUGCAGGGCAGCAAAUCAGUUUGAGGAAUUUGUCUAUAUGUCUAAAAGUAGUACAAUUAACAUUUAAAUGGUUGUUAAUGGAUUUGAAAGAUUAUAAAUGUUUUUUCUUUAGAUUUUACAGUAAAUUAAAUAUAGUAAACGGCCAGUAAGCUGUUGCAAGGUAUAACUGUACUUACUUUAAAAUGCUAGAAUUUCACGUGUAUGUUCAAAUUAUAUAUGCCUUAUCUUCUUAAUAUGAGCUUCCUAUCACACUAUCAUUUAGAAUUAUCACAGGCUCCCCGUGACCCGAGGUAGAUCGGAUAAGCGGUACAAAAUGAAUGAAUGAAUGAAUGAAUGAAUGAAUGAAUGAAUAUCAUAACUAAUAGGCAUUAAAACAGUAUUGUGGCAUCAGUGAGAAAGAAGCUUGUCCAGGAAAUAUCAUUAAAACACUGCACUUGCUUUUUAUUGUGCCCAGGAACAAACAAGCAGGAGUUACAAAUCAAUGAACAUAAAUCCAAAUCCUUGUAUAACAAAUGCUUUUAAAUACAAAUAAACAGCACAUCCCUGCACUUAUGCAAUAUAUAUAUACAGCUUGCAUAGCAGAAAUGCUUUGAAAAUUGUAAAAAUGUUUCUGAUUUUUUUUAUCAAAAAAAGUCACAUAAGGACACAAAAUGGUGCCAUUUCCUGAUGACUCAUUUUGUGCUCAUGAUAAGCAAUAACUCAAGCUGCCACUAAAUGUAGAAACCCACAAACCAAAAUGAAGUGUGAGAUGGGGUCACUCAUUCCGGUUAAUUCAUGAGCAUUUAUUAACAUUUGAAAGCAAGAGAAUAUUGUGCCAUGCCUGAGAGUGAAACAGUCAGGGUACAAUAAUAAUCAAAAACAUGUCAGAAUAGCAAGAGAACUCUUGUCAGAUAUAUAAAAUGUCUAGAUGAAAUAUUGUUAGUGGAGUGGAAAAUAUAUGGAGAACUGUGAUUGUGAGAUAUCAGAUUCUGUUCCUUAGCUAUGUGAUAGAUCAGGAUAUAAACAAUGACUGAGUGCUGAGUGAAACUUUGACUAAUGUUUACUGAGAGACACUCAAGAAAUGAAUGACUGAAGACUAAUAAAUAUAAUAAAACCCAUCUGUUGGUUAAAUAAAGUGAAAUAAACUCUUACAAAGGGAGAAAGUA